UACGGUUUUUCCCAUAAUCUGAUGAACCACAAACAUGGCUGCAGAACAAUUAGAUGCACUACUAUUUCUGACCCUGGUUUUAAUGUUUGUAAAUGCAUCAGCUAUUCCAUCAAACAGAUUAAAGUCUUUGAAUAUCAUCAAAGAAGUGAACAGAAAAGGGCCUUACGUUGGUCUAAUUACUGUUUAUCCACCGGAGGAGAAUGCCUUUUUUGCAUCUAAGGCCUUCAAGCCUAAUGGGAAGCAUCCUUUUGUGGAUCUCUCAGGACGACGGUUCCGGGUCGGAAAGGUUCAGGGUAAGAAAGUUAUCUACGUGAGAUGUGGGGUUGGAAUGGUCAAUGCAGCUGCAGCAACACAACAAAUGCUGGACAUGUUUGAUAUAACAGGAAUAGUCCAUUUUGGCAUUGCUGGAAACGUAAACAAUUCCAUGUCCAUUGGAGAUGUUACGAUCCCGGAACAGUUUGCUCACACUGGCAUUUGGGAUUGGCUGAAUCCUAAAGGACCAUUGCCCACCAAUGAUAUUGCUGAAUUGGACUUUGGAAGCUACAACGUACCAAAAGGAGAUGGGAUGAAUCUGUUGGGAAAGAUUGGAUAUAGUUAUGAGCAGUUCUUUUCUGAGUCAGGGAAGCCUAAUACUGCCAUACCAUUAUUUUGGGCACAAAUAAGCGAACAAUGGCUUCAGCUUGCCGCUGGCUUGGAGGGGAUGGAACUGGAAAGGUGUGUGAAUUCAAGUGUGUGCCUUGCUCGAAAGCCUAAGCUAGUCGUUGGCCUCAGGGGUUCAACAGCCAAUAUUUUUGUGGACAACGCAGCUUACAGGGAUUUCCUUUAUCAAACUUAUGCUGUUUCAUCAGUGGAUAUGGAGAGUUUUGCUGUAGUUAUGACAAGCUUGUCAAACGGGUAUCCUGUGAUUGUCAUCAGAGGGCUAUCAGAUUUAGCUGGAGGACAGACCGGACAGAAUGCAAUCCAGACAUUUGGAGCCUUAGCAGCUCGCAAUGCUGCCCAAGCUGUUGUCAAAUUUAUCGGAUAUCUGUCUUAAUACUAAUCAUCAACUAGCUUUCUCAUAUAAUGUGUUACAACACUGCAAGUUCUUCCACAAAGAACAUAUCUUAUACCCAUCAUUAAAACCAACUAUCAGUUUAUUUUA